CGCAACUUCUGGCUAAGACGAACCAAGAAGCUAGAAAAUUUGCGAAAGAAAACGAACUCUCAAACUUCAAAUCUUCAAUUCCAGUGGAAACAAAUCGAAAUUUACAGAAGGGAAGAAGCCGGAAGUAAUAACGCCACUGUUAGGGUUUGACUGAGAUACCGCACGGUGCUGGAGUGUCGGCCACUUGAUAGUCUGUUGUGGUUCAUUUGGUUCUUCCUUCAUUGUUCGAGUUUGAGGUUUGCCAUCAUGCUUUUCAUCUUUGGGACCGAUUUCAAUUGCUUGAACAAGACGGAUUGAUUGGGAGAUGUCUUCUGAUAGUGCAAAGGAAAAUGCAUCUGUAGUUGAUUCAUCAGUGUCUGAAUGGAAGCUGGACAUUGGAAAUUCAGACGAUCCAGAGAGCUCAAGUUACAAGGCUAAUGAGGAUGGUGAUCCAACUAGGGCAGAUAAAGUGGAAUGUUCUCAUCAUCAUAUAGGAGAUCAAAAUGGAAUGGGGAUGCAAAAAUUAUAUUCUACAAGAUAUUUUAUCAUUAAAAGUUUAAACCACCAAAAUAUCCGUUUGUCAGUAGAGAAAGGAGUUUGGGCUACUCAAAUCAUGAAUGAGUCAAUUCUGGAAGAGGCCUUUCAUAAUUCGAUUAAAGUAAUCCUUAUAUUUAGUGUCAACAUGAGUGGAUACUUCCAAGGAUACGCACAAAUGAUGUCUUCUGUUGGGUGGAAGAGAGAAGAUGUUUGGAGUGAAGGAAGCGGUAAAGGUAAUCCAUGGGGUCGCAGCUUUAACAUCAAAUGGCUGCGGUUAAAUGACUUACCUUUUCAUAAGACUCUUCAUCUCAAGAAUCCAUUGAAUGACUAUAAACCUGUCAAAAUUAGCAGAGAUUGCCAGGAGUUAACUCCAGAUAUUGGUCAAGCCCUUUGUGAGCUUAUUAAUGGGAAUAAUAAUAUAGCUGCCAUGCGGAGCAGUUCACCCUUGGAUAGUUUUACUUUGAAGGGACAUUCUGGGAAUGUUGAAAGGUUAAUGGGAAAUAAAGAUCGUAGCUUUUACCUGCCAUGGUCAAUACCCAUGGCUUAUCCUUCACUGCUUUGCCCUAAUGAAGCUGGAGCAAAUCAGAGAUUCAAUUUGACAACUUCCAGUGAAACAUUUCCUACCUCUUCUGGGUCGUUAAAAGUAGCAGGAACCAAACGCCCUCAUUUUAGUGCAAAUAUUCCUAAGCUACAAGUGGACAAGGAUGUGGCUUCUCAAUUUGAUGUUUGGGGUUUCUCUGCGGAAAGCCCUCUAGCUAGUACCUUAACAGAGGAUGAUUUUCUUGAGAUGUCCUAUGAAGAAUACCUGGAGGUCCAAAGCAGAUGCAGGAAGCAGUUUUGCUCCAAUGCAGCGACAAUGUCGGGGAAACAGCCGGAGUCGCUGAGAAGUAAAUCAGAUGUCAAUGAUAGGAAGUCAGAGUUUUUGAUGGAAGGUAGUAGCAGCUUUCAUAGGAGGGUUCAUCAGUAAGGUGGGCAAUUUCCACAAACUAUUACCUGCAAAAAGGAAGUUAAGUGUAAUUGUAACUGAUCUGGAAACUAGGACUUCGACGUUAUAUCUCAUGUAUGAUACAGUAUCUGAGCCACUGUAAUGCGUAAUCAAGGCAUGCUUAUCAUUUUGUACAGAAACUUAGAUUGGCAAAGUUGCUCCUCAUGUAUAUGUGUACAUGUAUAUUGUUACUCGUCCCUACAAUAUGAUGGGCAGAUACGCUUCAUUCAGAUUUACUGCGAGGAUGUAAUUUCAAAGUUAGAUUCCAUGCUGUUAUAGGAUAAAUUUUUAGAUAGACUGA